AUGGACAUUACCGGGGGAGAGGGCGUCGACCACAUCGUGGAGGUGGACUUCGCGGCCAACUUCCCGGUGACCAGCGAGGUGCUGAAGUCCUCGGGCGUGGUGGCGAUCUACGCCGCUGGCACGGGCCAGCAGCCGCCGGUGCCGCUGCAGUUCCGCCGCAGCAACACGGUGGUGCGCAACGUGCUGGUCUACGACAUGCCGGAGCCAGCCAAGGAGGCCGCCAUCGCCGACAUCACGGCCUGGCUGGAAGUCGGCCAGCAGGACGUCUACGCCGACUCAGAGCAGCGCGACUGGGACAGCGCCUCACAAGUUACCGCGAUGGACAACGAGGGCAUCGACGUGGCUGUGCUGUUCCCCAGCCGCGGCCUGUUCACGCUGGGCGACAGCGACCUGGAACCAGCUUUCGCCACCGCAAUAUCGCGGGCCUACAACGACUGGCUGGCCGACUUCUGCAGCGGCGGUCCGGGGCGGCUGUUCGGCGCGGGAUGA